UAUAUAUUGUGAAUUUUUGUACAGAAAUUGUGAAUUUUCAGUGCUACUUUAUUUUACGAAGGGUCCUGUCUUUUGACAUAGAGAACACCUGUAUAAAUCCCUGAUACCUCAAAUUAUGGUAUUGUUUGUAUUUUGUGUUGUAGUAAUAAGUGAUAUUAAAAUAUGGAAAGUCGGGGUUGUACCUUUAAUAAGUGUUGGACGCUCUUUCAGAUGGGCGGCAAAUGGGUUAAAGAGCUGGCUAGACAAACGAGUAUAGAAGAAGAUGACGACGAUCAGAUACAGAGCGAGCUACUCGACCCGUCCGCGGCCAAGGACAAACUGCGAACAGACUCGACUCCCAUGAUCUUCAUCUGCGCCACCAUGUGGCACGAGACGGAAAACGAGAUGAUACAGAUGCUCAAAUCUGUCUUCAGAAUGGAUUCUGAUCAAAGUGCGAGACGGACAGCCCAGAUUUUUUUCAACAUCACAGACCCGGACUAUUACGAGUUUGAAGCACACGUGUUUUUCGACGAUGCUUUCGAAGCCCAUGCGGACGAUGACUAUGACUACAAAGUAAACAAUUUCGUCAAACAGCUUGUGCGAGUCAUGAACGUAGCUGCAAGUGCUGUUCACAACACUGUGAUGAAGAUCCCUCCGCCUGAGAAGAUCCCGACUCCGUACGGAGGACGUCUGGAGUGGAAACUUCCUGGUGGAAACCUUUUCACGGCUCACCUCAAGGAUAAGGCGAAGAUAAGGCACAGGAAGCGAUGGAGUCAGGUGAUGUACAUGUAUUUUUUUCUGGGAUACCGACUGCUGGCUGAAAAGAUACCUCUGAAUCGAAAACAGAAGCGUGCUGAGAACACAUUCCUGCUGGCUCUUGAUGGAGAUGUGGAUUUCCAGCCUCACGCUGUUCAGAUUCUCGUAGACCGAAUGAAGAAGAGUGGAAGUAUAGGUGCUGCAUGCGGAAGAAUACAUCCUAUUGGCUCUGGUCCGAUGGUCUGGUACCAGAAAUUUGAAUAUGCUGUCAGCCAUUGGCUACAGAAGUCAACGGAACACAUUUUAGGCUGUGUGCUGUGCAGCCCAGGGUGUUUCAGCUUGUUCCGCGGUUCCGCGUUGAUGGACGAUAAUGUCAUGAAGAGAUACACCACACCCCCAUCAGAGGCACGACACUAUGUUCAAUACGACCAAGGUGAAGACAGGUGGCUGUGCACUCUUCUGCUUCAACAAGGCUACCGAGUGGAGUACUGCGCAGCCUCAGACUCGUUCACGUUCGCCCCCGAGGGAUUCUUCGAGUUCUUCAACCAGCGCAGACGAUGGACUCCGUCAACAAUGGCCAACAUCCUCGACCUGAUCCAGGAUUGGCGACAGACGACCAAGAAAAACGAGGACAUCUCCAUCAUGUACAUGUUCUACCAACUCUUCCUGUUCUGUUCCUCGGUCGUCACGCCAGGAACAAUCUUCAUGCUGAUAGUGGGCGCCUUUAACAGUGUCUACCAUAUCGACAUGACGUACGCAUUCGUCGUUAAUCUCGUACCAGUCGCCAUCUUCGUUCUGCUGUGCUUCAAGGCACCCAAUAAUGCACAGCUGGGCUACGCAGCUAUACUGUCGAUUAUAUAUGCACUUGUGAUGAUGGUCGUAUUGGUUGGACUGAUCAAGCAGAUCGCAGAGAAUGGAUUUUGCUCUGUGUCGACUAUAUUCCUGGUUACUCUUGCUGGGAUAUUCGUGAUUUCGGCAAUUAUUCACCCUCAGGAAUUUGGCUGCCUCUUUCAUGGUUUUCUCUAUUUCCUGUCCAUUCCUUCAAUGUCCAUGUUGUUGAUGAUUUUCUCCCUCACCAACCUACAGAAUGUCUCUUGGGGAACACGCGAAGUCAAGACAGCAGCACCACCUGUUCGUCAGCAACAAGCCACAAAUGUUUCUCCUGAUAAGAAUAUGUUUCAGAAACUGAUGGCCAACUUCACAAAUAGUGAAAAGAUGAUCUCAGACUAUGCUUUUUCAUUUGGAAACCUUUUCAAGUGCAUGUGCUGCCCCAGGUCAGAGACCAGGGAAGAUGAUCUUAAAUUUACGGCCAUUUUGGAACGUCUCGAUACUCUAGAUGAUAGGAUGACGGAAAUGACAAGUGGAGUGAGCAGUAUGCAUUCUGUUAGUGACCUACCAUGUGACCCAGGACCAAACAGCCCAUUGGAUGUACAACCAUUCUCCCAGAAUGCAAAUCUUUUUGAAGGAGCCGGUGAAAGAGAUAAUCCUUUAUACAAAGAAGAAAAACAUUUCGAACGUGAUGAAUUGAGAAAUCCAAUUUGGAUCAGUGAUGACGAUCUUGGAAAAGGCAACAUUAAGGUGAAUGAUCCUGAAGAAAAUGCAUUUUGGAAGGACUUGAUCAAUAGUUACCUCUUCCCUCUUGAAGGAAACAAGGCAAAGGAGAAGCAAACAAAACAAGAACUGAUUGAACUUAGAAAUAGCGUCUGUUUGGCCUUCAUGAUAAUCAACGCAAUGUUCAUCAUUCUGCUGUUUGCACUGGAGACUAUUUCAGAACAAACCAGUAAUCUAUCCUUUAGGAUGCCAUGUAACGUCGAGGGCUUAUUAGGUGAAAAGGUUCAACCAAUCGCAUUAAGUUUUACUCUUGUCUUCGGCAUACUGAUAGUACUGCAGUUCCUUGCAAUGCUUUUUCACAGAUAUUCCACGUUUCUGCACAUCGCUGCCAUUACAGAAGUGAAAUUGAAGCGAAAGGUGAUCGGUGAUAGCAACGAACAGAAACCAAGUGUAGACGAAACCAUUCAGCUUGUACGAGACAUGCAAGCCAUCCGAGAUGAUGAUGAAAUGUCGAUUGUUCCCGACUAUGACGACAACCUUGAACCUGAUUAUUCUGACGAUGAUGAUGGUGGACCCAAAUCUCCACAUGGAAAAGAACUGUGGGCAAAGUUUAAAGGUAGGCGUAAGGGAUUACAGGCUCACCGAACGCUAAACCGUGCUUUUAUGAAGAAUUUCAACCGACUGGUGUCAGAAAUUAAAGACGAUAAUGAGGUCGAGAAAAACAAGGAGGUGAUUCAACUCAAUGCACAAAGGAAAUUCAGGAGAUUUGAGAAAAAAUCUUUGUACACUAUCGUGAAGAUAGCUCAGGCGGACAGAGAAUACAAACAGAGUGUAGUGAACCAUGCACACAAAUGGAAUGAUGCCGUGAAAAAACUUGACAUCGUGAAACAACUGAAAUCCAAGAAUCAGCUGAAUUCGUUUCAAGACGUCGUCAGAGCUGCCAUGAUCAAACAAGGACGUAUCAAACUGGGAGUACAACCAGGAACCUCUCAACAGGACUCACCACUUCCCGUUCGUAAUAAUGCGAAGGAUAUAAGGAUUAGCGUGUCCGAUCCUUUCGACGAAAAAGUACAAUCCAAGAAGAACUCAAAAUCAUCAGCUUGGGGAAGACUUCUAGGUAUUCCUGAACCCACACCAGAAGGCCCUGGAUCGAAAUUUAAAAUGCUGGCAAAGAAGGCGAUAGAAAUGAACGAGAAUGAUGAUGGGAAUCAGGCUACCAGUUCUCCAGUUAAGACGCCAUCGGGCGCCCAAGUACUGGACAUGGCAAGACCACGACAACGUGAAGUGCCUCGUCAAAGAGAACCCAGCGCUAGUAACUCACCUCCAGUGUUUACAUUUUCCCUCAUGGAACCACCAGUUGAUGCUGCUGACUCCCACUCGAGGAACAGUUCUUCACAGAAAAGGAAAACCUAUUUGGCUGAUUUUGAUACAUUUUAUUAG